ACGCUUGUUGCACGCUUGUUGCCGCUUGUUGACGCUUGUUGACGCACUUUAGUAGGACCGGUCGGAAUUAACUGCUGAUUCAUGUUCGACUGAAAAUCACCGGCAGAAUCAGAGAUCGUUAAUGUCACGGUCGGCAUUGCCUAAAAAAUAACACACCAAUAGGUCCAUGAUCUAAAAUAUUUCCUUCCAAAGUGGCAUUAAAAAGAGUUGUUCAGUUGGCAAGCUGGUGUCGGAAAACUGGGCGAUUUUGGAAAAUCAAAUCAGCAGAAAGAGCAAUGGCUGCUUCAGCAAUUUCGGAAGGACCGAGAGAAAUCGACAUACAGGAGCCCAAAUCUUCACCAUCCAACGACCCAACUGUUGGGGAUAACAACAAUAGCUGUAGCUGGAUAGGAAGCUUGGCUCGAUGGAGGCCAACAUCUGUCAACCUUCUAGAAAAGGCAGAGGAGAAAAUUCUAUCAUGUGUGAAAGCCAAAUAUGAGAGCAACUUUGUGUACAUCAAUGAGGAAGACAAACUGCGGACUCUUAAGUUCAACCCUAGCAAGUCGGGAGCAGACGACAAAACUCCCAUAGUGCUUGUCCACGGCUUUGGCAGCGGCGUGGCAUUAUGGUCCCUCAAUUUUGAGGACUUGUCUCGACGCCGCCCCGUCUAUGCCUUUGAUCUGUUGGGCUUUGGCCGCAGCUCGCGGUCGGCAAUACCGCAAGAUGCCGAGCAGGCCGAGACAGAAUUCGUGAAUUCCAUUGAGAACUGGCGGAGCAAAGUCGGCAUUGAGAAGAUGGUCCUGGUAGGGCACAGCUUCGGAGGGUAUCUGACGUACUCGUACAGCAUCCGGCACCCGGAGCGGGUUAAACACUUGGUGCUGGCCGAUCCGUGGGGUUUUCCUGAGAAGCCACCGCCAGAGGAACUUCAGUUCCCACUGUGGGUGCGGGCCAUCGGGGCUGUGGCCAUGAGAUUCAAUCCAUUGUCCAGCAUACGGGCGGCAGGUCCUCUAGGUCCUCGUCUGUUGAAGCGAGUUCGUGGAGAUUUGGACAAGAAAUUCAAAACAUUGUUUGAUGGUGAUCUGAUUAGCAACUAUAUCUACCAUUGCAAUGCACAACAGCCCAGUGGUGAGAUGGCCUUCAAGUCUAUGGCUCACAUGAUAGGAUGGGCCGUCAAUCCCAUGAUACAGAGGGCGGAGCAGCUAUCUAGUGAUGUACCAGUGACAAUGAUCUACGGCGAUAAGUCCUGGAUGGACAGCAAUUCAGGCAACGACUUGAAGUUCAGACGGAAAGGCGCCUAUGUCAAGAUUCAUAUUCUAAAAGGAGCUGGACAUCAUGUUUACGCCGACAGAACACAGACUUUCAACAAGAUCAUCAGCGAAAUCGGUGACGAAGUUGACUGAUAAUGUCAGGGCUUUUGUUGAGACAGUGUACAGUAUAGCCUCA